UGUAAUAGUCCCAAUGCGGAAGCGCUAGAUUUUGAGUUCCAUCGGUUGACUCGCAGACAGGCACUGGUGAUUUGUGCCAAUAAGUCUCUACGGAAAGUGCUGCGUUAUAGUCAAGAUUGGCAUGGCACAACCUACACGUGAUGUCUCAGGAUCGGGCGUUACAACUGACCUCUGUCUGAUAGAUGCCAACAUCACCAGUCUCCUCAGUGUCCCACUGUCCCAGUCCAUCCAAGUUCUCAACCUCCACUGCAACCAGAUAUCACAGAUAGAGAACCUGCAGCACCUGGUUAACCUAAGACACCUGGAUCUUUCGUCCAAUCAAAUCACAAGAAUCGAAGGGCUCAGCUCAUUGGUCAACUUAAGGACUUUGAAUUUGGCUUGUAAUCGUAUCAGGGUGGUUGAUGGUCUGCAAGGGCUAAGGUCUUUGUCUAGGGUCAACAUAUCCUACAACCAGGUGGAAGAUCUGUCAGGGUUCAGACAGCUCAGUGGGAGUGGCUUCAGACUGAGUCACGUGGAGCUCCAUGGCAACCAGCUAACAUCCAUCAAUCAUGUGGUGCAAUGCCUUAUGGGAUGUACCCAUCUCACAGACCUCACCCUAAUGCAUGAUGGGAAGGGAAAUCCAGUCUGUUCUGCAACAGGUAUGAGCUUCAGACACAUAAUUCUCAACAUGUCCCUCAACUUACAGGCAAGAGUGAGCGGGCGUGGUCGCCUGUCUGUGGACCAUGAGGUCAGGUUAGAGACACUGGAGCAUCAGCUGGCACAUCUCAUGUAUGCAGGGAAACAACAGUCUAGAAAAGCAAGUUCCUCUUCACCCCAGGAAGGGCAUGAGACUGCUCCAGAAAGGAGACCUACCAGACAACCUGCUAAAAGAGAUGUGGACCACACUGAUGAGAGUGAUACAGAUGCUCCAGGCAGGAGGAGGAAGGAGAGGAAGACGAAAACAGCAGGACGAAGUACAGCAACAUCCAGGAGGAGGGAGGAACUUGCCAGACAGCAGAAGGGGCAGAUCAGUGAUGAACAGAGGAAAGGAGGCACCACCACCUCCAGCCCUCCCUCAGACACCAGCCGACCUACAACAGUGGCUGUGUCCAUGAGGGCGCCUCAGCCCCGGGAUGUGGAGGCAGACAAACAGUUUCUGGACUUGAUGAGGGAACUUGACAGUGAGAGAGAAAGGAGAUGGAAGGCAGAACAAGCAGCCAUGAGACUGGCUGACCAGGUCAAAACACUUCAGGAAAAAGGUUCAGAAGAGCAGGAGCUUCAGGCUGUUGCCAUCCAGGCCACCUCCAGGCUGAAACAGGCCCUGAUGAACGAGCGAGAGACCAGGGGGAACCUGCAAGAUCAGCUAGACACUCUGAAGGAACAGCUGGCAGGAACAGUAAAGAAACUUGGAACAGCUCAGAAAGCAGAGGAGGAGCAGAGAAGAGCCCUGCAGGCCAUGGAGGAGACAGCCGCCAGGAGAGAGACAGACAGACUACAGCAGCUCGCUCAUGAGACUAAGAAGACCCAGGAAUCCCAGAUGAAAGCGUCGGCCUCCCAGAGGGAGUUGGAGCUGGUACGACACUCCCUACAGCAGAGUAAGGACCAGAUCCAGGCACUACAGGCACUCCUGGCAGAGAGGGAGCAGGAUCACAGGAAGGAACUUGCAGGUCGGUUUUCCCUGAACAGUAAAGAAUUCCAAGAGGUCCUAGCUAGAGAAGUUGCAAAAGAAGAAAAGAGGCACUCCCAGGAGCUUAAAUCUCAACAGCAAAGAAUCGAGACCCUGACCAAACAGUACACAGAUCUGGAGGAUGAGUUCAGAAUGGCUCUACAGAUAGAGGCCAGCAGGUUCAGGGAAGUUCAGGAGGCUUUUGAGAACGCCACAGGGGAGUCCUCCCGGUACAGGGCAGCCAUGCUGUCAGCUCAGGAGAAGGAGAAGAAGGUGUCGACCAUGGUGCAGGAACUGACGGCCAUGGUGAAGGAACAGAAGGGCAGGAUAACAGAGCUGUCUAAGUCACGGCAGGAGACACUUCGAGAUCUUAGGGAACGUAACCAGACCCUUGAGACCCAGCUGGAGGAGGCUCGGAGGAGACUGCCUGCUGUGGAGGUCAUGAAACAGGACAAGGUCAGGCUCCAGUCUCAGCUGACUGCACAGGAGUCCGUCAUCGAGGGGCUCAGGGCAGAGAAGAAACUCUGGAGCCAGGAACUCGCACAGCAAGGAGCUUCCCUUGCCCAGGAUAGAGGACGAUUGGAAGCCAAGAUAGAAGCUCUGUCAGCAGAAGUCAGUCUCCUUAAGAAACAGAAUGAGAGAGACAACGAUGCCCUUAAGAUCAAGACAAAGAUGUUAGAGGACCAGACAGACACUAUCAGGAAGCUGAAGGAAGGAUUGAAAGAGAGGGAUGAGGAGGUGAAGAAAGCUAGGGAGGAGUCACUUAAAGUACAGAGGGACCUGGAGAGUAGGGUAGCAGAGGAGACAACACAUGCUCAGGAUCUACAGGAGAAAGUUGACCAGCUGACAGAGCGGAAGGAACAGCUGAAGGGACAGCUGUCCGACGUGCAGGACGAACUGGAGGAGAACCGGAAGGCCCUGAACGUGCUGGACAGGAAAUGGAAGGACAAGGGACAGCUCAUCGGCACGCUGGAGACUCAGGUCAGACAAGCCAAGGAGAACUUUGAUGCCAAAGAAAAGAAGCUUCAGGAGGAGAGACAGCGAGCCCUGGAGGCGGAGCAGGCGGCCCUGGACAGACUGAGGAGAGCGGACGACGCCUUCAGACAGCAGCUGGAGGCCAAGGUCGCAGCACAUGAGGACGACCUUGAGAGAGCUGUGCAGGAGAAACAGGAGGAGAUAGACAGAGCGAAUCAGAGGGUGGUACAGGUGGAACAGGAAAUGAGGGAGUUGUUGAGAGAGACAGAAAACAACAAGAAAAUGACAGAGGAAAGGGUGAAGAAGCUAAACAAGGCUUUUUAUGAGUUGCAACAAGGUUUGACAUAA